CUACUAGCAACGGCACCACUACUGCAACAGUCAGCAUGCUCGGCCACGCCUGCACAACGCCACGCGCUGUCGCCGGGCGCCGGCAGAUCGGCGCGCCCGCCGGCCCCUUGCUGCGGCAUGCAGCGGCCAGCCCCCCGGCCAGCACAGCGCUCUGCAGCCCUGGCUGCCGCUGCCGCUGCGGCCGCCACGGCCACGGCCUCAGCCGCCUGCUGCAGCCGCAGCUGCAGCCGCCCACAACCGCGGCGCGGCGGCGGGCGGUGAGGGCGGCUUCUGACCCGCGGGAUGCCGGCGCCGGCUAUGGUCAUCCGGACGUGCCGGACGAGUGGCAGGACGAGUGGAUGAGUGGCACGCGCGAGGACGGCGGCGGUGUGGGCCGCGGCGCCAGCGGCUCAGCGGCGGCCGGUGCCGGUGCCGGUGCCGGUGCAGGUGCCGGCCGGAGCGCGCUCCGCUAUGCCGCGGGAGAGCAGGUGCCGGAGGCCUGGACGGACGAGUGGCAGAGCGGCAACCCCGCCAUUGAGGAGCGCGACCCCACCACCCCUACCAGUGGCGGCGGCGGCAGCGGCGGCAGCCGCAGCGGCAGUGUCGCCGCCGACACAGAGCAGGAGAUUCCAGACGCCAACGUUCCGGGCCUGGGCGCCGAGGACUUUGGCGGCUCCGGCUCCGGCUCCGGCUCUGUUCCCACUGCGGCCCAGGGCACCGCCGCCGAGUCCAGCGGUGUGGACCUGGGCCGCCUGCGCGGCUCGCUGGCGGGCGGGCUGGGCGCGCGGGAGGCUGGCCCCAUGGCGGCCAGUGGCCAGGCGGCGGCCGGCACACAGCAGCCGCAGCAGCCGAGGGGCGGCGAGCGGGAGGACGAGGACGAGCCGUACAGCUCCCACCGCCGCCGUGGCAACUGGAUGACCUGAGCUGGCGAAGUAGCGACAGGCUUUGCUGAGAGGCAGGCCGUGGGCCGAGGGGCGGUGCGCUGCGGGUGAGGGAGAUGGCGAGGCGUGUGCGCGCCUGCGUUGAUAGGCAGCACAGUGUAGGGUGGGCGGGCCUACGCCUCGGUUGCGGCUGUUGCGGACGUAAGGCACAUGAGGGUCAUAGUAUAUACGGUAGCAGAUGUCGCAAAUAUUCUGCAUAGCUUGGUGUCCAGCGUACGAGACUGCCGCGGUAAUCAGCAUACCUAUGGCGCGUUGCUUCCCGAACGGUAAUGUCGCAUUCAGACAGCACAUGUGCGGUGCGGAACACCCACUUGGGCACGCCACACUAGUGCACAAGCAACUUGUAUGGGCAGCGGACUGGGGGGGCCACCUGCAGCAAAGCUGUGUCUGGGGGGGGGGGUGUCAGGUGCUGUAGGAGUGUAGGGUGUGACGGGGGCACCGCAAUGAUGGCUAUAUCGCAACAACCCGCGUGGCUGGGGAUAAUGCCAAGGCUGGACGUGCAUGGUAGUUGAUGCGAGUUAGGCACCUGUGGGAGCGGGUAGUUGCGCGUGCGGUUGGCUGGGAAGCUGCGAAUGGGGGCUGCCGUCAACGGUGUGA